GCAGGAGAAAGAAGGCGAAAGUGGGAGUGUCCAGGAAGGAAUGUGUCAAAGGAAGGGGUGUAGGAAGGAGGCUGGCUCUGCAUCACAGUGGAAGCAGCCCCGGACUGUGACUCUGUUUACUCAGCCCUUCACAUGUGCCAGCAAGGACACAGAGCCCAUCCUCUUCAUCAGAUGUUUAUAUCAAGCUUCUUUCAGUCUGAAACGUUGCACUGGAGAAAAUGGAAUCACCUCAAGCAUGCCGGCAACAGGGCCGACAGAAUCUUGAAGCCAUGAAGGCAGGGAUGUUUUUUCGUAAGGUGAAGUCUCGUAUGUGGAGGCGGCAGCGACACUAUAAACUUCAGGAUGACUGCAAGACUAUCGCAUAUAAAUCCAGCUGGGCAAUAAACUCAUACUCAACAUUCUCCAUCAGUGAUGUAGAGGCUGUUCGUGAGGGUCAUCAGUCCGAGGCUCUCCUCGGUGUGGCAGACGAGUUUCCUCCAGACCGCUGCUUUACACUUGUGUUUCGCGGCCGUAAAGGAAACCUGGAUCUGGUGGCCGAGUCUGCGGAGGAAGCUCAGGCCUGGAUCCAGGGCGUCCGAGGCCUCAUGGAGAACAUGGAGAACAUGGACGAGAGCACCAAACUUGACCAAUGGAUCUCAGACUGGUUUUCCAAAGCAGACCGAAACAAGGAUGGCCGAAUCAAUUUUAAAGAAGCUAAAAAACUACUGAAAAUGAUGAACAUCGACAUGAAUGAAGAACAUGCCUGCUGUCUUUUUAAGAUGGCAGAUAAGUCUCGGUCAGGAACCCUGGAGGAUCAGGAGUUUGUGGAGUUUUAUAAGAUGCUCACUGAGAGAAGGGAAGUGCUGGAUUUAUUUCAGGAUUAUUCCAGUGACGGACAGAUCCUGUCCCAGUGUGAUCUGGAGGAGUUCCUGAGAGAGGAGCAGCUCGAGGGGGAGAGCAGUUAUGAACAUGCCCUUCAGCUUAUUGAUCGCUAUGAGCCUUCAGAAACGGCCAGAAUGAAUCACUCGAUGUCAGUCGAUGGGUUCCUAAUGUACCUGACGUCCCCUGAGGGAUCCAUCUUCAAUCCAGAGCGGCAGGGCAUCUUUCAGGACAUGAGCCAAUCUCUUGCCCACUAUUACAUCUCGUCCUCACACAACACUUACCUGAUGGAGGACCAGCUAAAAGGACCAAGCAGCGUUGAGGCCUACAUCCAGGCUCUGAAGCGCGGCUGCAGGUGUGUAGAGGUGGACUGCUGGAAUGGAGCCAAUGGGGAGCCAGUAGUUUAUCAUGGACACACGUUCACAUCCAAGAUUCUCCUCAAAGACGUGAUCACUACUAUUGCAAGUUAUGCCUUUAAGGCUUCUGAGUAUCCGCUCAUCAUAUCCAUUGAGAACCACUGCAGUGUAGAGCAACAGAAAGUCAUGGCUCAACAGUUCAGAGAAAUUCUGGGCGAUAUGUUGCUGACCAGCACAGCAGACACUGAGGUUUCCAGUGAACUGCCAUCCCCAGAGGCACUUAAGAGGAAAAUCCUGUUAAAAGGGAAGAAGAUUGGACACGAGUCAGAGAGCCCCACAGCUGAAGUCAGCGAUGAAGACGAGGCAGCAGAAAUGAAUAAGGAGAGUUCGACAUCUGAGAGUCUGCCAGCAGAUGGCAAGAAAUCGAAGCAAAAUCUGUGCAAGGAGCUCUCGGACAUUAUGUUCUGUAAAAGUGUACACUUCCACAGCUUUGAACACUCCAGAAUCUCUGCUAAGCCUUAUGAGAUGUCAUCGUUCUCUGAGUCUAAAGCCCGAAAAUAUUCAAAGGAAGCAGGUUCAGAUUUUGUGCUGCAUAACACCAGGCAGCUGAUAAGAGUGUAUCCAAGUGGAAUGAGGACUGAUUCAUCAAAUUACUGUCCAGUGGACAUGUGGAGCAUGGGAUGCCAGAUUGUGGCAUUAAACUUCCAGACGGCAGGAAUGGAAAUGGAUCUUAAUGAUGGGCUGUUUAGUCAGAAUGGCUGCAGUGGAUAUGUUUUAAAACCUGAGAUACUGCGCAACAGAGAGAGACGUUUUGAUCCUGAAAAACCAGAGGAGCAUGAGGAUUACAACCCUUUAGUCUUCUCUGUUAAGGUUAUCAGUGGACAACAGCUGCCUAAACUAAAGCAAAACGAAUGGUCCAUUGUAGAUCCCUUCGUAAGGGUGGAGAUUUAUGGCGUUCCUUUGGACCAAGCCAAACAGGAGACCAAAUACAUCGACAACAAUGGUUUCAACCCAUAUUGGAAUGAAAGUGUACAGUUCACCGUCCACACACCUGAGCUUGCACUGGUGCGUUUUGUAGUUGAAGACCAUGACAAAGCCUCAAGGAAUGACUUCAUAGGGCAGUACACACUUCCAUUGUCUUGUAUUCAGCCAGGCUAUCGCCAUGUCCAUCUGUUGUCCAAGGAUGGAACAAGUAUCCGUCCAUCCUCCAUAUUCGUUCACAUCAAAAUCACAGAGCUGAAUCACAGUUCUAAUGUCCAUGCUUGAAGCGUUAUGAAGAGCUUCUGUUUCUCAGACAAAUCUGUACAUUACUGUAAAAAGGCAGAGAAAACAUUUUGUCCCGUGCUUUGCUCAAAAAUACUUGAAGAGAUAAAAAAAAAAAAAUCAAGCCAUAAUUUAAUCAAUUAUCCUUCCAUCAUGCAUUAAAACAAAAAAGGUGUAGCAACUGCCAUUAUUUUUUAAAGUACCUCUAUAGUAGCUGCAUGGUUUUAGAUGUGCCUUCUCAAGAGAAAAGGAGCAUUCUUGUAAAUGCAGAUACUUACUAAUAUAAUUGUUUACUCUAUGCAAUAUUAAGUUUACUUGACUGCAUUUUGUUUGAAGGUUACACAAUCAGGGUAUAAUGCAUCCUUAAGGUUGUGCAUUAUCUACAUAGAUAUAUAGACUAGAUAUCGCAUACGGACCCCGAGCAUGCGUCAAUACCGCCGCCACAUUUGUACAGUGCUUCCAGGACAAAUGUCAUUCAACCGCACUAGUCAAGACUAAAGCCAAUCUGAAGAUGCUGGACUUUAGCGGUGUGUACGGGUGUUGUAAUAAGUAGACAAAGACAACAAAGCAUAAAGGCAGAAUAGGUAAUUUGGUAAUAUUUAAUAAAAAAUCUGACCUAAUAAAUAGGUCAUAGGUAAGUUGUUGUAUGUUGCGAACUUUUGUGCUAAACAAUUAAUGUUAUUGUUGAUAAUACAGUCACUUUCUGCAUUGACCAUGUGGCAAAGUAGCACCAACUUGCACAAAAGUCUAUGCUUAUGCUAGUUUUGUUGAAUAAAAUCAGCAAACAAUGUAACUGAAAUAUAACAAUAAGACGCUGUGGUGCCAGAAACUUGUAUUAUUGUCAGCUUAGUGAAGUAGCGGCUAGUUUUUUAAGUAACUUGUAAGGGUGCCUGAUUAACAGCUUGACAGUGCUUGCGCCUCAAUGUGCAUACUCUCCACCCUAAAUUAUGGAAUAUUAUAAAUGUUAUACAUUAUUUAGAUCAGAGAGUAGAUAUAAGCAUUGAGACGCAGGGGUAUCGAUGGUUCACACGUACCGUUCUUAACGGGGAUUCGUUCACAAACCAAUCGCUCCCUCCGUUAGACUUAGAAGUGAAAGCAGGAGGAGUGUGUUUCAGCACACAAGUUAGAUCAAAUUUAACAGGGAGAGAGAUAAUACUUUCCAUGUACAUAAACACUCGCUCUUUGUCAGCAAUGCCCGUGCAGUCACAUAUCCAUCGAUGCAGAAAAGAGAUGUAAAAUUAUCAUUUUCGUAAUUAAAAAAAAAAAGUGCAUACUGACCACCAGGAAAUGGCCAAUCAUAGAUAUAGAGAAUGUAUAAAUGUUUACAUAUUUACACUGUGGUCCCACAUUCAUUUCAAAGGAGCACUACCCUGUACUAAAAUGGUGGCUCUAUUGACAUAUUCCUUCUAAUAAACAACAAGGUAGGCGACAUCUAAUGUAAAUAUCUAUGCAUUAUCUAAAUGAGUAAAACUGAGCAUGUUAAAGUGCCUUUGAUUACUAACCCAAAAGCAAGUGUUCAUGGUGAACGAGUCAUUAUGUAUGUAUGAAUAUGUCCAGGCAAAAUACCUUUAAACCAGAAUAAAUAUACUGUAAAACA